AUGGUUUAUUUGUUAUUUUUAUUUCUUUUUUGCUUUAAAAUUUUACGGGUCUUCUUUCUGCCUCUCUUUUUUUUUUUUCUUAUUUGUUUGUCUUUCUUUCUCUUUAACCAUUUUCUCACUUCUUACACUCGAUCAGCUCUUUUUUACACAAAUUUUAUUUCUUUUUUCAGUCUUUUUUCUUUCUUGCUUUUUUUUAACUCUUUUCUUUCGUUUUACCCAUCAUCAUCAAUUCUUUUCUUUCACAUUUCAUUAAUUUCUUCAUCACCUCUUUCUUUCUUUCUUUCUUUCUUUCUUUCUUUCUUUCUUUCUUUCUUUCUUUCUUUCUUUCUUUCUUUCUUUCUUAGUUUUUUUUAUUUCCAUCCUAUUUAUCGUUUCUUUAUUUCGGUCCCUCGUAUCUCCGCUUCCUUUCUUUCUUUCUUUCUUUCUUUCUUUCUUUCUUUCUUUCUUUCUUUCUUUCUUUCUUUCCAACCUAAUUAUCGUUCCUUUAUUUCUGUUCUACGUUUCUUUCUUUCUUUCUUUCUUUCUUUCUUUCUUUCUUUCUUUCUUUCCAACCUAUUUAUCGUUUCUUUAUUUCGGUCCCUCGUAUCUCCGCUUCCUUUCUUUCUUUCUUUCUUUCUUUCUUUCUUUCUUUCUUUCUUUCUUUCUUUCUUUCCAACCUAUUUAUCGUUCCUUUAUUUCUGUUCUACGUAUCUCUUCUUUCUUUCUUUCUUGCUUUCUUUCUUUCUUUCUUUCUUUCUUUCUUUCUUUCUUUCUUUCUUUCUUAGUUUAUUUAUUUCCAUCCUAUUUAUCGUUUCUUUAUUUCGGUCCCUCGUAUCUCCGCUCCCUUUCUUUCUUUCUUUCUUUCUUUCUUUCUUUCUUUCUUUCUUUCUUUCUUUCUUUCUUUCUUUCUUUCCAACCUAUUUAUCGUUCCUUUAUUUCUGUUCUACGUAUCUCUUCUUUCUUUCUUUCUUCUUUUCUCUCUCUCUUUCACAUUUCUUUUAUUUAGUUAUCACUUUUUUUUUCAUUUUUUCUUUCUUUCUCUCAUUUUUCUUUUUUCCCACUUUCGAUUUUCUAUAUUUACUCAUAUAUCUUUGUUUCAUUCUUACAUUAUUGUCUUUCUUUGGACUAUUAUUUAUUCAUUUACUUAUUAGCUUGUAUUUUCAUUCUUUGCUCUUUAUAUUUCUUACUUUUUCUUCAAAUAUUCCUUUCUUUCUUUUUUCAUUCUUUCUUUCUUUCAUUCUUUCUUUCUUUCAUUCUUUCUUUUUUCAUUCUUUCUUUCUUUCUUUCUUUCAUUCUUUCUUUCUCUUUUAUUCUAUUUUUCUUUGCACCUUUUCUUUCUUUCUUUCUUUCUUUCUUUGCACCCUAUUUAAUAUUCCUUUGUUUCUGUUCCUCGUAUCUCCGCAUUGUCUUUCUUUCUUUCUUUCUUUCUUUCUUUCUUUCUUUCUUUCUUUCUUCUUUUCACCCUAUUUAUCUUUCCUUUAUUUUUGUUGCACGUAUCUCUGCUUUCUUUCUUUCUUUCUUUCUUUCUUUCUUUCUUUCUUUCUUUCUUUCUUUCCAAAAUAUUUAAUAUUCCUUUAUUUUUGUUCCACGUAUCUUCUCUUUCUUUCUUUCUUUCUUUUUUUCUUUAUUCACACUCAGUCGAUCCCUAUUUGUCCAGUUAUCCUCUACCGCCUCACCUGCUAUCCUCUUCCCCCUAACCAGCUAUCCUCCUCCGCCUCACCUGCUAUCCUCUUACGCCUAAUCAGAUAUCCUCCUACGCCUCACCUGCCAUCCUCUUGUGCCUCACCUGCUAUCCUCUUACGCCUAAUCAGAUAUCCUCCUACGCCUCACCUGCCAUCCUCUUCUAUCCUCUUUCACUUCACCUGCUAUCCUCUCCCCCCUCACCAGCUAUCCUCGUCCCGCCUCACCUGUCAUCCUCUUACGCCUAACCAGCUAUCCUCUUCCUCCUCAACUGCUAUCCUCCCACGCCUAACCAGCUAUCUUCUUCCGCUUAACCUGCCAUCCUCAUCACCUAACUAG